ACCCCCGGUACCGGCACCGAGACCACCGAACUCACUGCCAGGACCCUCCCGCGACCACCGAACCCACCGAGAGCUUCCCCCGGUACCGGCACCGGGACCACCGAAACCCCCCCGGCACCAGCAACCCCCCGGGACCACCCGCGGUACCGGGACCCCUCCGGGACCACUGACAGCACCCCCGGGACCACCCCGGGACCACCGGGACCGGACCCCGACUCACCCCAGGACCCCCAGCCCCUCCCCAGGAGCCAUGAGCUCCUCAGCCGGGCGGGGCCGCUCGGAGCCGGGCUCGGAGCAGGAGAUGCCGGCCACCGAGAAGGACCUGGCGGAGGACGCGCCCUGGAAGCGGAUCCAGCAGAACACCUUCACCCGCUGGUGCAACGAGCACCUCAAAUGCGUCCACAAGCGACGAGUGGGCAACCUGCAGACGGAUUUGGGCGACGGGCUGCGGCUGAUCGCGCUGCUCGAGGUGCUGAGCCAGAAGCAGAUGGGCCGCAAGUACAACGCGCGCCCCACCUUCCGCCAGAUGCAGCUGGAGAACGUCUCGGUGGCCCUGGAGUUCCUGGAGAGGGAGAACAUCAAGCUGGUGUCCAUCGACAGCAAGGCCAUCGUGGACGGGAACCUGAAGCUGAUCCUGGGGCUGAUCUGGACGCUCAUCCUGCACUAUUCCAUCUCCAUGCCCAUGUGGGACGAGGAGGAUGAGGAGGAGGCCAAGCGCCAGACGCCGAAGCAGCGGCUGCUGGGCUGGAUCCAGAACCGCCUGCCCCAGCUGCCCAUCACCAACUUCAGCCGCGACUGGCAGAGCGGCCGCGCCCUCGGCGCGCUCGUGGACAGCUGUGCGCCAGGGCUGUGUCCGGACUGGGACUCGUGGGACCCGAGCCGGCCGGUGGAGAACGCGCGCGAGGCCAUGCAGCAGGCGGACGAGUGGCUCGGGAUCCCCCAGGUGAUCACCCCCGAGGAGAUCGUGGACCCCAACGUGGACGAGCACUCUGUCAUGACGUACCUGUCGCAGUUCCCCAAGGCCAAGCUCAAACCCGGGGCCCCCCUGCGCCCCAAACUCAACCCCAAAAAGGCCCGGGCCUACGGGCCAGGGAUCGAGCCCACCGGGAACGUGGUGCAGCAGCGCGCGGAGUUCACGGUGGAGACGAUCAGCGCGGGCCAGGGCGAGGUUCUGGUCUACGUCGAGGACCCCGACGGGCACCGAGAGGAGGCCAAGGUCGUGGCCAACAACGACAAGAACCGAACGUUCUCCGUGUCCUACGUGCCCAAAGUCACCGGCGUCCACAAGGUGACGGUGCUGUUUGCUGGCCAGCACAUCGCCAAGAGCCCGUUCGAGGUUCAGGUGGGGCGAGCGGCCGGGGACGCCGGGCGAGUGACGGCCUCGGGCCCGGGGCUGGAGCCGCUGGGCAACGCCGUCAACAGGAGCACGCACUUCGACAUCUGCACCGCGGGUGCGGGUCCGGGUGAGGUGGGGGUCUCCAUCGUUGACCCCAGCGGGCGCCGCGGGACCCCCGAGGCCGUUCUGGAGGAUCGAGGUUCCGGAACUUUCCGCUGUUCCUACAAACCCCAGAGCGAGGGGCAGCACCUGGUGCACGUCACUUUUGGGGGGGUCCCCAUCCCCCGCAGCCCCUUCAACGUCACCGUGGGCCAGGAGGGCGCUGAGGCCGUGGAACAGAAGGAUUUGGGGGAUGGAACCUUUGGCUUCGAGUAUUUCCCCACCGUGCCCGGGAAUUACUCGGUGGCCGUGACCUGGGGCGGGCAGCACGUGCCCCGCAGCCCGUUCGAGGUCUCGGUGGCCCCCGAGGGCGGCUCCCCCCGGGUUCGGGCCUGGGGGCCCGGCCUGGAGGGGGGGGUGGCCGGGAAAGGAGCGGAUUUCAUGGUGGAGGCGAUCGGGGACGACGUGGGGACCCUCGGAUUUUCGGUGGAGGGUCCGUCCCAGGCGCGUUUGGAGUGCGAGGACGGCGGGGACGGCUCGGGCCGGGUUCGGUACUGGCCGCAGGAGCCGGGGCUGUACGCGGUGCACGUCCUGUGCGACGGCUCCGACAUCCGGGGCAGCCCCUUCAUGGCAGAGAUCCGGCCCCAGAGCGGAGACAGCUUCCCUGAAAAGGUGAAGGCGCAGGGCCCGGGGCUGGAGCCCUCGGGGGUGGUGCUGAACAAACCCACGGAAUUCACCGUGGACGCCAAACACGGCGGCAAAGGCAACCUCAAAGUGCAGAUGCAGGUGGGAAUGGGGUCCCCAGUUUGGGUCUGGGGUUCCCAAUUUGGGUCUGGGGUUCCCAGUUUGGCUCUGGGGGUUCCCAGUUUGGCUCUGGGGUUCCCAGUUUGGCUCUGGGGGUGUUCUGAGCCCCGGCUCCCGCAGGUGGGGGUGGGGGCUGGCAGUCACCCCCACAAGGUGAAGGUUUUCGGGCCGGGCGUGGCCAAGACGGGGCUCAAGGCCCUGGAGCCGACGUUCUUCACCGUGGACUGCGCCGAGGCCGGCCAGGGUGACGUCAGCAUCGGCAUUAAGUGCGCCCCGGGCGUGGUGGGACCGGCCGAGGCCGACCUGGACUUCGACAUCAUCAGGAACGACAACGACACCUUCACGGUGAAAUACACGCCGAGAGGGGCCGGGCUGCACACCAUCAUGGUGCUGUUCGCUGGCCAGGCCACCCCCAGCAGCCCCAUCCGGGUCAAGGUGGACCCGGCCCACGACGCCAGCAAGGUCAAGGCUGAGGGGCCCGGCCUGAGCCGCUCCGGUGUGGAGCUGGGCAAGCCCACCCAUUUCACGGUGAGCACCAAGGGCGCCGGCCGGGCCGCGCUGGACGUGCAGGUGAGUGGCCCCGGCAAGGGCGAGGCCGUGAGGGACCUGCAGGUGACCGACAACCACGACGGCACCCACAGCGUCACCUACACACCUGUGCAGCAGGGUAAUUUGGGGGUGUCGGUGACCUACGGGGGGGACCCCAUCCCCAAAAGCCCCUUCAACGUCGGGGUCAGCCCGGGGCUGGACCUGGCCAAGAUCAAAAUCUCCGGCCUGGAUGACAAGCUGGAGGUGGGCAAGGCUCAGGAGUUCACGGUGAAGACCAAAGGCGCGGGGGGCCAGGGCAAGGUGGGCGCCCGGAUUUUGGGGCCGUCCCGGAAGGCGGUGCCGUGCACGGUGGAGCCGGGCGCGGGCGGCGACAGCAGCGCCGUGCGCUUCGUGCCGCGCGACGAGGGCACCCACAGCGUCGAGGUCACCUACGACGGCGUCGCCGUGCCCGGCAGCCCCUUCCCCGUCGAGGCCGUGCCGCCCACCGACCCCUCCAAGGUCCGUGCCUUCGGCCCCGGUCUCCAGGGGGGUCUGGCUGGGGUUCCCGCCCCGUUCACCAUCGACACCAAAGGCGCCGGCACGGGAGGUUUGGGGCUGACCGUGGAGGGACCCUGCGAGGCCAAAAUCGAGUGCCAGGACAACGGCGACGGCACCUGCUCCGUGUCCUACCUGCCGACGGAGCCCGGCGACUACAACAUCAACAUCCUGUUCGCCGGCGCCCACAUCCCGGGCUCGCCCUUCCGCGCCCCCAUCCGGCCACAGUUCGACCCUUCCAAGGUCACCUGCGAAGGGCCGGGCUUGGAGAAGGCCACGGCCGGUCAGCCGGGGCGCUUCCGGGUGGACUGCAGCCGGGCGGGAACGGCCGAGCUGACCAUCGGCAUCGCCUCGGAAGCUGGGGCGCGGGCGGAGGUGAGGGUGGAGGAGAACGGAGACGGUAUUUACACCAUCGCCUACACGCCGCGCAGCGCCGGCGUGCACACCGUCACCGUGGAGUACGGCGGGCAGCCCGUGCCGCACUUCCCCAGCACCGUGCGUGUGGAGCCGGCGCCGGCGGCCGUGGAUACGGCCGGAGUCAAGGUGUACGGGCCCGGUGUGGAGGGGAAGGGCGUGUUCCGCGAGGCCGUCACCGAGUUCGAGGUGGACGCCCGCGCCGUGGCCAAGGCCGGGGGUCCCCUGCUCAAGGCCCUGGUGUCCAACCCCUCCGGAAACGUCACCGAGACCUUCGUGGAGGAUCGCGGCGACGGCACCUACCACGUGGAGUACACGCCCUACGAGGAGGGCCUGCACACGGUGGACGUGACGUACGGCGGGUCCCCGGUGCCGCUGAGCCCGUUCCGUGUCCCCGUCACCGAGGGCUGUGACCCCGCCCGCGUCCGCGUGCACGGCCCCGGCAUCCAGAGCGGCACCACCAACGUGCCCAACAAAUUCACCGUCGAGACCCGGGGGGCCGGCACAGGGGGAUUGGGCCUGGCCGUGGAGGGGCCCUCGGAAGCCAAAAUGUCCUGCACGGACAACAAGGACGGGAGCUGCUCCGUGGAGUACAUCCCGUACGAGCCCGGAACCUACAGCCUCAACGUCACCUACGGCGGCCACCAGGUCCCCGGGAGCCCGUUCCAGGUGCCGGUGUCGGACGUGGUGGACGCUUCCCGCGUGUCCUGCGGGGGGCCGGGCCUGACCCCCGGCCACGUCCGGGCCAACGUCCCCCAGAGCUUCACCGUGGACACCUCCAAGGCCGGCGUGGCCCCGCUGGACGUCAAAGUCCAGGGUCCCAAGGGCGUGCUGGAGCCCGUGGACAUCGCCGACAACGGCGACGGCACUCAGCGCGUGUCCUACGUGCCGUCCCGCGAGGGUCCCUACAGCAUCUCCGUGCGCUACGGCGACCACGAGGUGCCCCGGAGCCCUUUCAAGGUGAAGGCGCUGCCCACCCACGACGCCAGCAAGGUGCGGGCGAGCGGCCCCGGGCUCAACACCACGGGCGUGCCGGCGAGCCUGCCCGUGGAGUUCACCAUCGACGCCAAGGACGCCGGAGAGGGGCUGCUGGCCGUGCAGAUCACGGAUCCCGAAGGAAAGCCCAAGAAAGCCUCGAUCCGGGACAACCAGGACGGCACCUACACCGUGUCCUAUGUGCCAGACAUGACGGGACGCUACACCAUCCUCAUCAAAUACGGGGGGGACGAGAUCCCUUAUUCCCCCUACCGCAUCCGGGCCGUGCCCACCGGCGACGCCAGCAAGUGCACGGUCACCGUUUCCAUCGGAGGUCACGGCUUAGGUCCGGGGCUGGGCCCCACGAUCCAGCUGGGCGAGCAGACGCUGAUCACGGUGGACGCCAAGGCGGCCGGCAAGGGCAAGGUGACGUGCUCGGUGUGCACGCCCGACGGCUCCGAGGUGGACGUGGACGUGGUGGAGAACCCCGACGGCACCUUCGACAUCUUCUACACCGCGCCCCAGCCCGGCAAAUACGUCAUCUGUGUUCGUUUUGGGGGGGAGCACAUCCCCAACAGCCCCUUCCAGGUCAUGGUGAGUGCAAAUGGGGGAAAAACGGGGAAAAACAGGAAAAAAACAGGGAGAAAAUGGGGGAAAAGCUGUGGAAUUUGGGGUGGCAAUUGGGGCUGGGGGAUUUGGGGUGCGCUGACCCUCGGUGCCCCCCAGGCCACGGACCGGCCGCUGCUGGGGGUCAAUGGGCUGGACAUGGCCGGGCUGCGGCCCUUCGACCUCGUCAUCCCCUUCACCAUCAAGAAGGGAGAGAUCACAGGUGAGGUGCGGAUGCCCUCGGGCAAAGUGGCCUCUCCGGACAUCACGGACAACAAGGACGGGACGGUGACCGUGCGCUUCGCGCCCAGCGAGGCGGGGCUGCACGAGAUGGACAUCCGCUGUGACUCCAUCCCCAGGGGUCUGUCCCUGGCCGUGGAGGGUCCGUCCAAGGCCGAGAUCAGUUGCCAGGACAACGGGGACGGGACGUGCUCCGUGUCCUACCUGCCCGUGCUGCCCGGCGACUACGGCAUCGUGGUCAAGUACAACGACAAGCACAUCGCUGGCAGCCCCUUCACCGCCAGGAUCACCGGUGACGAUUCCCUGCGCCAGUCCCACCUCAAGGUGGGAGCCUCGGCCGAGAUCCCGCUGGACAUCGGCGAGAGUGACCUGAGCCAGCUGAGCGCCAGCGUCACCGCGCCCUCGGGCCGCAAGGAGCCCUGCCAGCUGAAACGGCUGCGGGACGGCCACCUCGGGAUCUCGUUCGUGCCACACGAGGUGGGCCAGCACCUGGUGCACGUGUCCCGGGGGGGACAGCCGCUGUCACGGAGUCCCCUCGCUGUCACCAUCAGCCAGGCCGAGCUCGGGGACGCGUCGCGGGUGCGGCUGCGGGGGCCGGGCCUGAGCGAGGGCACCACGUUCCAGCCAGCCCAGUUCACCAUCGACACCCGCGAGGCUGGGAGCCCCUUCUCAGUGAAGGUGACGGGCGAGGGUCGCGUCCGUGAGAGCAUCACCCGCCGGCGCCGCGCCCCCCCCGAGGCCAGCGUGGGGACCCCCUGCGACCUCAGCCUCAAAAUGCCCGAACUGUCGGUCUCGGAGGUGACGGCGCAGGUGACGGGUCCCUCGGGCCAGCCCGUGGCCUCGCAGGUGCUGCCGGGCUCGGGGGGCUCGGUGGGCGUUCGUUUCGUGCCGCAGGAGACCGGAGCUCACCGCGUCAGCGUCAAGGAGCGCGGGCAGCACGUGCCGGGGAGCCCCUUCCAGUUCACCGUGGGACCCCUGGGAGAGGGGGGAGCGCACAAAGUCCGGGCUGGGGGUCCUGGGCUGGAGAGAGCUGAGGCCGGGAGCCCCGCCGAGUUCAGCAUCUGGACGCGCGAGGCCGGCGCCGGGGGUCUCUCCAUCGCCGUCGAGGGUCCCAGCAAGGCCGAGAUCGCCUUCGAGGAUCACAAGGACGGCUCCUGCGGCGUCUCCUACGUGGUGCAGGAACCCGGUGAUUACGAGGUGUCGGUGAAGUUCAACGACGAGCACAUCCCCGAGAGCCCCUUCGUGGUGACGGCCGCGGCCCCGAGCGACGCCGCGCGGCGCCUGACUGUUUCUAGCCUUCAGGAGUCGGGGCUCAAGGUUCACCAGCCGGCCUCGUUCGCCGUCAGCCUCAACGGCGCCCGCGGAGCGCUGGACGCCAAAGUUCACAGUCCCUCGGGGGCCCUGGAGGAAUGUCACAUCUCCGAGGUCACCCCAGAUAAAUACGCCGUGCGCUUCAUCCCGCGGGAGAACGGCGUCUACUCCAUCGACGUGAAGUUCGAGGGCUCCCACAUCCCCGGGAGCCCCUUCAAGGUCCGGGUGGGAGAGCCAGGACAGGCCGGGGAUCCGGGCCUGGUCUCGGCCUACGGGCCCGGCCUGGAGGGCGGCACCACAGGCUCGGCGGCCGAGUUCGUGGUGAACACGUCCAAGGCGGGCCCGGGCGCUCUGGCCGUGACCAUCGAGGGCCCGUCCAAGGUGACCAUGGAGUGCCAGGAGUGUCCCGAGGGCUUCAGGGUCAGCUACACGCCCAUGGCCCCCGGCAGUUACCUCAUCCACAUCAAAUUCGGGGGGCCCCAUCACAUCGUGGGGAGCCCCUUCAAGGCCAAGGUCACCGGGCCUCGUCUGGUGAGCAGCCACAGCCUCCGGGAGAGCUCCUCGGUGCUGCUGGACUCGGGGGGGGCACACGGGGGUCCCACCCCCGGACCCCCCAAAUUCUCUGACGCCUCCAAGGUGGUGGCCAAAGGUUUGGGGCUCAGCAAAGGCUUCGUGGGGCAGAAAAAUUCCUUCACCGUGGACUGCAGCAAGGCCGGUAACAACAUGCUGCUGGUGGGGGUCCAGGGACCCCGGAACCCCUGCGAGGAGAUCGUGGUCAAGCACUUGGGCAACCAACUCUACAACGUGGGCUACCUGCUGCGGGAGCGCGGCGACUACGUGCUCGUGGUCAAGUGGGGCGAGCAGCACGUGCCCAACAGCCCCUUCCGCGUCUCCGUGCCCUGAGAGGCCCCAAAAAACCCCUGGGGGUCCCCAAAAUCUGCGAGAAGUUCCCCAGAAUCGGUGAAAGUUCCCAAAAGUUCAUCAAAGUUCUUGAAAGUUGGGUGGAAGUUCCUCAAAGUUCUCCAAACUUAGCCAAAAGUCCCUCAAAGUUGGUGAAAGUUCCUCAAAGUUCCUCAAAGUUCUCCAAACUUGGCCAAAAGUCCCUCAAAGUUGCUGAAAGUUCCUCAAAGUUCCUCAAAGUUCUCCAAACUUGGCCAAAAGUCCCUCAGAGUUGGUGAAAGUUCCUCAGACUUGACCAAAAGUCCCUCAAACUUGACCAAAGGUCCCUCAAAGUUGGUGAAAGUUCCUCAAAGUUCCUCAAAGUUCUCCAAACUUGGCCAAAAGUCCCUCAAAGUUGGUGAAGGUUCCUCAAAGCUCCUGAAACUUGACCAAAAGUCCCUCAAAGUUGGCCAAAAGUCCCUCAAGGUUGGUGGAAUUUCUUCAGAGUUCCUCAAACUUGGCCGAAAGUUCCCCAGAGUUGGUGAAAGUUCCCAGAAGUUCCUCAAAGUUCUUCAAACUUGACCAAAAAAUUCCUCAGUCUUGGCCAAAAGUUCCCCAAAGUUCCCCAAGAAUCCCCCAAAAGUUCCCAAAAGUU